AUGGAAUAUAACACAUCACACAAUGCAACGGAGAGCUUCCACAAUAGGACCAGUCUUCCAGAAGAUCAAGGCACAAUUCCUCUAGGAGUGUUUUUGAUGAUCACCAUAACUCUAGUUAUCUGCCUUUGGGGACUUGUGGGAAACGGAGGCACCAUCUGGCUCCUUGGGUUUCACAUUAAGAGGAAUAAUUUCUCAGUUUACUUCUUGAAUCUCUCCAUUGCUGACUUUGGUGUGCUCAUAGGUCUUAGUGCCAUUGAUGUAUAUUGGCUCAUAGCCAAAGCUAAUCAUAUAGAAUAUGAUGAUCCACUAAAGACAUUAUUUCGGGGUCUUUUCUUGUUCAUGUACAGUACUGGUUUAUGCAUCUUGACUGCUAUGAGCAUUGACAGGUGCACCGCAGUGUUUUUCCCAUUUUGGUAUCAAAUGCACCGUUCCCAGAAAAUGUCCACCAUUAUAUGUAACAUGAUAUGGGUGUUCAACUUCCUAUUUUGUUCUCUACAUGUCAUCCUCUUGUUAACAACUGGAUUUUAUAUGCUAAGGUUCUACCAAUUUCUCCUGAAUGCCCUACUUCUCACUCCUUUAAUGACUCUCUCCACAAUAGCCCUUUCAUUGAAAACCUGUUCACUACCUUCUCAUCAUAAGCAAGGAAAACUUUGGGUCACCAUCUUGCUCACUCUUCUCUUUUUUCUCUUUUUUGCUUUUCCAAUGAAUGCUAUUCAGUAUCUCUCACUCUAUUAUCCCCAGUUUGAUAAUCCUUAUGUCUAUGAAUAUGCCUAUAUUUGUUCUUCCUUAAAUAGCACCAUUAACCCACUCAUCUAUUUUCUGGUAGGAAGAGACAAACGAAGACCAUCUAGAAUGAUAAUCAGAGUGAUAUUUGAGAAAGUUUUUAAGGAAGAGGAAAGCCAUGGAGAGGAACUUGAAACCUCAGUCACAACCAAAUUAGAUGGAUGA